CUUCACAAUUCCUUCGUUUGACGAACGAAAGGUGACCCAAUUUUGCACAAGUUAUCAGAAAAAAAAAAGAAAAGGAUGCCUUUUAAUAUUACCUCCAUUAAAACCUCUUCAAAUGGAGCUUGGCAAGGCGAUAAUCCUCUCGAUUUUGCCUUCCCAUUGCUAAUAGUUCAAACCACUUUAAUCCUUGUCCUUAGCCGCUUCCUUGCUUUCCUUCUUAAACCCCUUCGCCAACCCAAAGUCAUUGCUGAAAUAGUUGGCGGAAUUCUUCUUGGACCGUCAGCUUUUGGUCGAAACGAAGACUACUUACAUCGGAUAUUUCCAUCAUGGAGUAUGCCGGUGCUCGAAACGGUGGCAAGCAUUGGUCUUAUUUUCUUCCUUUUCCUUGUAGGUCUCGAACUAGAUUUAAGCUCAAUUCGUCGAAGUGGAAGGAGAGCCUUUGGCAUAGCUUUCGCCGGAAUAUCCCUCCCAUUCGUCUGUGGCAUAGGCGUUGCCUUUGUCCUUAGAAAAACCGUUGAUGGAGCUGACAAAGUCGGGUACGGCCAGUUCCUAGUCUUCAUGGGAGUCGCACUCUCCAUCACUGCUUUCCCUGUUCUAGCCCGUAUAUUAGCAGAGCUCAAAUUGUUAACAACCCAAUUGGGAGAAACCGCCAUGGCUGCAGCUGCAUUCAACGACGUCGCUGCAUGGAUUUUGUUAGCACUAGCCGUUGCUCUUGCUGGCAAUGGCUCUGGUCAUCACAAAAGCCCCUUAAUAUCAGUCUGGGUCCUUCUAUCAGGUGUUGCCUUUGUUGCUUUCAUGUUUUUAGUCAUUCGACCCGCCAUGAAAUGGGUCGCUUGCCGGUGCUCGCCGGACCGAGACUCGGUCGACGAGGCUUAUAUUUGUUUAACCUUAGCCGGUGUAAUGGUAUCCGGGUUCAUAACUGACCUGAUUGGAGUCCACGCAAUCUUUGGUGCCUUUAUUUUUGGACUAACAAUUCCUAAAGAAGGAGAAUUUGCAGAGAGGUUGAUAGAGAGGAUUGAAGAUUUCGUCUCGGGUUUGCUUCUUCCGCUUUACUUUGCUUCCAGCGGCUUGAAAACUAAUGUGGCUAAAAUUAGCGGUGGGGAGGCUUGGGGCCUCUUGGGGCUGGUCAUAUCGACGGCCUGCGCCGGGAAGAUCAUAGGGACAUUUGCCGUGGCUAUGAUGUAUAGCAUGCCGGUGAGAGAAUCGUUGGCUCUUGGGGUUCUGAUGAAUACUAAAGGAUUGGUUGAGCUCAUUGUUCUCAACAUUGGCAAGGAGAAGAAGGUGCUUAAUGAUGAGACCUUUGCUAUAUUAGUGCUCAUGGCACUCUUUACCACCUUUGUGACAACCCCAACCGUCAUGGCCAUCUACAAGCCGGCCCGCGGUUUCUCCGCCCUCGCUCGCAGGAAAUUACGUGACUUGGCCAACACCGACGAGUCGAAAGAUGAGCUUAGGGUCUUGGCUUGCCUCCAUGGCCUUAGCAACGUACCCUCAAUCAUCAGCCUUAUCGAGUCAACCCGAAGCACCAAAAAAUCCCAACUAAAGCUUUUCGUUAUGCACCUUGUUGAACUCACUGAACGCUCUUCUUCGAUCAUCAUGGUCCAAAGGGCCCGAAGAAAUGGGCUUCCUUUCAUUAAGAGGCUUCGUAGGGGGGAGUGGCAGGACCGAGUUGCUGGGGCUUUCCAGGCUUACAGUCAAUUGGGUCGAGUCAAGGUUAGGCCCACGACAGCCAUUUCUGCAUUGUCCUCCAUGCACGAGGAUAUUUGUCACGUGGCAGAGACCAAGCAGGUGACCAUGAUCGUCUUGCCUUUCCACAAACAAUGGAGGCUGGAAGGUGAGCAGCGGACGGUGGAAAACGUGGGCCACGGAUGGAGACUGGUGAAUCAGAGGGUACUAAAGAACGCACCAUGUUCGGUCGCAGUGCUAGUGGACCGUGGAUUCGGCAAUGGUGGCCAGACUCCGGGGCCUACUACCACUGAGUCCCACAGGGUUUGCAUUCUGUUCUUUGGAGGGCCCGAUGAUCGCGAGGCGUUGGAGUUAGGUGGUAGAAUGGCCGAUCAUCCAGCCGUGAAAGUGGUCGUCGUAAGAUUCGUUGAAAAUGAAGGAUUAGAGCGAGACGGUGUAAUGUUGAGGCCUUCACCGAGUACGUCCACCGAUAAGAAUUACUGCUUCUCCACCGCCACAAUGAACCGUGCAAAAGAAAAGGAAUCGGACGAGGCUGCAGUGGCAGAAUUCAGAAGUAAAUGGGAUGGAAUGGUGGAGUACACAGAGAAGACAUCAAGAAACUUUGUCGAGGAAGUGCUAGGACUAGGACAAUGUGGGGAUUAUGAUCUUAUCGUUGUGGGAAAGGGGCGGUUUCCGUCGCCUAUGGUGGCGAAAUUGGCGGACCGCCAACCCGAGCACGCGGAGUUAGGGCCUAUAGGGGACCUGUUGUCCUCGUCAGGUAGACGUGUUUUGUCAUCGGUGUUGGUAAUUCAACAGCACGAUAUGGCACAUGCGGAGGAGACCCCAGUGUCAAAGUUUGUUCAACAUGAUUAUGACAAGCUUAAGAGCGAUGGAUCUUCUGGGAUGGGAGAGAUUUCAAAGGUAGUGUAAUCACAAUUAGCUGGUAUAUAGCAAAUGUAAAUGUCUGUUUCUUACCACGCCCAGAGUUAUAAAUCCAGAAUUUUGGAUCAUAUUUUCAAAUAAAAGUAUGUCAUACAGGAAACUUUUAUGCCU